CGGAUUGAGAUCUUCGUUGCAGGAGAUCGGCUCACUAUAAACGAAGAUUUUGAGUGCCGAUCCUUGAUCCAUCAUGUGAAAGAGGAGAAAACGCGGGGAAAUACGAUGCGUAAUGAGUCUGCCGAGCAUCGCAACGUCAGUAAAGCAAGGGUACAUAUAAAAUGUGGCCUGUGUCGGGGAAACUACUUUAGAAAGAUGCCUCUCAAUGCUUCAAGGCACGAGCUGACGCGGACAAAACUGCGGCGGAUAUCUCACUUCCAGACACCAUCAUGCGACUUUCGCGGCUCUUGUGUCUAACUCUCUCCUCCUGCGCUUUAGGACUGCUUGAGAAGCGCAUUGUCUCAUUCGAAAAUGCGGAAGGGUCAAUUCCUCUUCACGGCGCUUCGAUCGUGUACAGCGCCAAUGACCCUGUCGGUGUCGAGAUCGCCGUUACGAGUCUCGCCGAGGAUCUCGAAGCUAUCACGGGAACGCAGCCUUCAGUAUUCAGAAUUAGUAAUGGCGAAUCAUUAGAGUGCACGAACUGUACUGACAAUGUCAUUAUCGCUGCAACCGUCGGGUCUGACGUUUUAGGAGCCAUAGUAGAAGAUGGCAAACUGGAUGUUUCUGCUAUUGAUGGGAAAUGGGAAAGCUACCAGACAAGCGUCGUCGAUGAUCCGAUACCCGGUGUCAAGAGAGCCUUGGUUAUUGCAGGAAGCGAUAAGAGGGGUGUAAUGUACGGCAUCUACACUCUCUCAGAGCAAUGUGGCCAGUCUCCAUUCCACUGGUGGGCAGAUGUUCCAGCAACAAAGCACGAGGAGAUCUACGCAUUAUCAGGGGAUACCACAUUUGGGCCUCCAAGCAUUCGUUACCGUGGCCUAUUCAUCAACGAUGAAGCCCCUGGAUUAACAGGUUGGUGGUCGAAAGUCCACGGAGUUAAUCAUCAACCAAUAGACACCGAGUUUUACCGACAUGUAUUCGACAUGCUACUUCGUCUGAAGGGAAACUUCCUAUGGCCAUCCAUGUGGAAGUCGUUGCUAUAUAAACCUGGGAAUAUCUUCUUCACCGAUGACCCUGGCAACAUGCAGCUUGCGGACGAUUAUGGGAUCGUUGUGUCAACUAGUCAUCACGAACCCAUGCAAAAGGCGACCAAUGAAUGGAAUGAUACAAUUUCAGGUCCGUGGGACUGGGAGAAAAACAAAGACAAUGUGACAGUCUUCAUGGAGGACGGCGCACGCAGGGCUGGCCAAAAUGAAUCGUACUUCACUCUGGGCAUGCGUGGCGAGGGCGAUGGACCAAUCCAAUCGGACGAUCCAGUCGGUAUCCUCACAGAUGUAUUCAAGACGCAACGCGGGAUUCUGGCGAAGUACUAUGGAAAUGAGUCAGCGGCAAAUCAGGUCUGGACGAUUUAUAAGGAGGUGGCAACCUAUUACGCGGCCGGUCUAACCCCACCUGAAGAUGUGACUCUCAUGUUUACGGACGACAACUGGGGAAAUAUUCAGAGGUUGCCUCUUGCUAAUGAGACAGCGAGGUCUGGAGGCGUAGGGAUGUACUAUCACCUGGAAUAUGUAGGAAUUCCUAAAUCCUAUAAGUGGCAAAACACAAAUAAUUUGCCGAAAGUCUUCAAAGAGCUGUACCAUGCCUCUCAGCGAGGAGCAGAUCGUAUUUGGGUCAUCAACAUCGCCGACAUCAAGCCCCUUGAGAUGCCAUUUGGCUUUAUUAUGGACCUUGCGUGGAACGUCUCCUCUAUUGACUUCGAAACUAUCCCAAGCUACCUUGAAGCAUUUGCUGCACGCGAAUUUGGACCAGAGUAUGCUUCAGAGAUCUCCGAGAUACUCAUGGAGCAAAGCAGGCUCAUCGGAAGGAGGAAAUACGAAUCUGUUCAGUCAAAGACAUAUUCGGUUGUGAACUACCACGAGAAUGAGCGUGUGUUAGCGGAAUGGCAGGCUCUGGCUGACAAAGUAGCUUCCGUCGCGGAACAGCUACCUGAGGAACGCAAGGAUGCUUAUUGGCACCAUGUCCAGUACCCAAUUGGUUCUGGCCAGGCGUAUUACUCGGUCAUGUUAGGACUGGGCAAGAAUCAGCAAAUUGGAUACGAACGUCGAAACUCAGCCAAUGCUCUAGCAGAUCAAAUUAGAGAGGAUUUCGACCGCGACUUUGACUUUACUGAGAUGUAUGACUCCAUUGUGGAUGGUAAGUGGGCUGGGAUACUGUCGCAACCUCAUUACGACCAAUAUCUCCAAAGCUUUGGGGACGACUGGGCAGAGCCUACUAGGGAUGUCAUCUCAGGACUGUGGUACAUCAACCUUCGGCAAAAUUCAUCAUAUCCGUUUGGAAAUCUAGGUAUCUUCGCCGAGGGAGGCGGGAGUGCACAGGAGCAAGCCCGUAGUUUACCCUCAGCAUGGGACUCUGCACCGACAUCCGGCAAGUUCGCGCCAACGCUGCCGAUCAUGGAUCCGUAUGGGAAGGGAACAUGGACAAUUGAUCUUUUCCAUCGAGGUGAUUCCCGAAUUCCUAUUGAAUGGGAAGUAGAUAUACCGUUCGACUGGACCAUGUUCAACCCCUCCUCUGGCACCCUAUCAAUGAACCAGCCUGAGCAACGCAUCAAUGUCUCGAUUGAUUGGUCUUCGGUCCCAGAGGACAUGAAUGAGAACAUAGGCGUACGCAUCAACUACAAUCACUCGCCAUUCUUCGACCUCGUACACUUGCCUAUUAUUAAUUACAAGGCUCCAGAUGACUUUGUAGGGUUUCCGGAGACAUCGGGCAUCAUAUCAAUUGAAGCGCCUCAUUUCCAGCGCAAGUCUGACGGCAAUGUCACAUUUGAACACAUCCUUUACCUAGGCACGCGCACUAAUUCGGGCUCACUGGCGCUCCGUCCCUACAAACAGGCACGUGUAUCCGAAGAUGUUGCCAGGGCCGCAUGGGCCGAGUAUGACAUCUAUCUCUAUGAUGCUUCUACUCUCACCGCCACUGUAUAUAUCAAUGGCGCCUUGGAUACAGACCCUACGCUCCUUAUGAGAUAUUCACUAACAAUAAACGACGGCGAGGCAACUGCCAACUUUACGCGAUUACUGGGAGACCCAGCAACACCUGGUGAUACCCCACCAGACUGGCGCACGACUGUAGCCGACCAUGUCUGGAUCCGGAAUGUGACGCUAGGAGAGGUGGGACAGGGACAACAUACAUUACGAUGGCAGGCAAAUUCACCGGAGGUUUAUUUAGAGAAAAUUGUGCUGAACACACGGAAUGGAUUGAAGAGUAGCUAUCUUGGACCUCCUGAAACUAGAUUACUGUCGUAGGUAAUUAACUAAUCACUGAUGUGUUCCGGUUGAGCGGA